AUACUAAGUCUAUGAAUCCUAGGCUUUCCAUUUAUAGUUGUGAGGAGGUACCUACGGAACCCAACGUUCGUUUUUACUACAUAGACAAGCAAGACCAAUGAGUUUUUAUGUGUUGUCAAAAUCAGCUGGCUUGUAAAUGUCAAAUUUGAAAUAUCAAAUCAAAUCAAACCUAAAAUAACCUAAAACAUUCAAUAGUAAAUUAAAGUUUUCAAAAAAACAUGUUACAAACAACUCGAUUUAAGCUACUAAGCAAGCUGUUACAAGAUGCGUCGCUGCUUCGCGAAACACACAGAAUGUUACAGCGAAACAAAGCGACAAAAACCAAGACGGCCAGCUCUGUUUACCGGACUAUGAACAUUUUCGAUAGGAAAGCCAAGAUACUGCAGAGGGAAAGGGCGGCACGGUCUGAGAACUACCACCUGGCUGAGUACAUUAAGGAGGAGGUGGGAUGGAGGACGGCUGACAGAGUCUUCGAUAUAAAGAGGACUUUUAAUAAUGCUGUGGAACUGGGUGCAGCUCGAGGGUAUGUCUCGAGACACUUCACACCGGAUAGUGUGACCAAGGUGACGCUCUGUGACACCUCGCAGACUCACCUGGACAAGGCUAUAGUUGGUGAUGGAGUCGAGUUCACUAAGCUGGUCAUGGAUGAGGAGAAUAUUGAUUUACCCGACAACAGUGUGGACUUGCUAGUGUCGUCUCUGUGCCUGCACUGGGUCAACGACCUGCCCGGCUGCUUCGACCGAGUCAUGAAGUGCCUUAAGCCAGAUGGCGUAUUCAUGGCGUGUGUCUUCGGCGGAGACACCUUACUGGAGCUCCGUCAGAGCCUCCAGCUGGCAGGGGCGGAGCGCCUGGGCGGCUGGCACCAGCACGUGUCGCCCUUCACGCAGAUACGAGACGUGGGCGGCCUGCUCAACGCGGCGGGUUUCACUCUCCAGACAGUGGACAGUGACACGAUGACAGUGUGGUACCCGUCGGCGUGGCACGUCAUGAAUGACAUGCGGGCGCUGGGCGAGGCCAACGCCGUUCUACAGAGGCCGUUGAGGAUCAGCAAGGAUGUGCAGUUUGCCGCCGCCGCUAUUUAUGAUGAGAUGUAUGGGAAGGAGUUCCCAGAGCGUCAAUCUCGUGGUGUACCAGCUACCUUCCAUAUCCUCAACUUCCUCGGCUGGAAGCCAGACCCCGCCCAGCCCCAGCCGCUGCAGCGAGGCACAGGGGAACUGUCUCUGAAGGAUUUGCACAGAAUCGACGAGAUUAUAACAGACACGAAGAAGAUAAAAUUGACCGACGAAGACUUGAAGUAAAGUUUUUUUGUUAGGAAGAAGAAAAAAUACAUAUUAUUUUAUUUAAUUAUUGUAAAUAGUAGGCAAAGCAAUGUAAUAUUAAUUAG